AUGAAGGCGCUUAUGCUGGUGCUGGUCGUGGUCUCCUCUCUCUCGCUUCUCGCUGCGGCCUCCCCGAGCGGUAUUCCCCACCAGUUCCUCCCGGGCGGCUCGCUACAAUCAUCACUCCGGCGCUCCUGCGCCCCGCUGUGCUGGGAGCAGUACGAUUCGACAAUUGACCUGCGCGAGUACUACCGCCUGGACGGGUGCCACCAGUUCAACGUGACCCGCCAGUCCAAGCGCAACCCCAUGUUCAACGGCUGGUCGCUCCAGCCGGUCGAGUCAGUGAGCCCGGGGUACCUGUACCGCAACUCGUGGACCGACUUCUCCCUGGGCGACGACACCUUCGCCUUCCAGUCGUGGCGCAACCGCUGGACCUGGACGCCCGACGCGUCGUCGAUCGUCCACACCUUCAUCUACCAGUCGGCGGCCCAGCCGGCGGCCAAGAUGGAGGUGUUCGACACCGUGGCCUUCACGUCGACGGUCUACCGCGUGCACAACGCCACCUUCAUCGCGAGGGAGACGACGCAGACCACCCAGGAGAUCCCCUACGCCGGCCCGGUCAAGCAGGACACCACCCACGAGACCAGCUACUUCCCGCGCCUCCUCGAAGGCUGCAACUCUGGCCAGUGA